GAUAAAACCCCAAACCGACCCCACCGCCGAUGAUGAUGGCUUCUAUCGUCGAUUCGGGCAGUUUUGGCACCGUUUUCGUCGCGCCGGAAUCCCAUCGUUUACAUUCCUACUUGGUGCUUUGUUUUUCUGAAUUAUUGAUACCCCUGCAUGUGAUUAUCGAUUGUUUGUUUACGUCGCACGAACCAUAUCUCCAGCCCACGCUCGAAACCGCAUCCGCGCAACAGCAAAAAUAACCACCCGCAACAAUGACCUCCAUCCGCCGCAUGACCCCAACAGACCUCUUCUCCCUCAACCUCACAAACCUCGACCCCCUCACCGAAAACUAUGACCUAGGUUUCUAUCUCAACUACCUAAUGCGGUGGCCGUCGCUCUUCAGCGUCGUCCAAGACCGCGGGGAAGGCAUCGCCGGAUAUAUCAUGGGCAAACUAGAAGAACAACACCCCUCCAUGCGCCACUCCGAGCACUACACCCCCUGGCACGGGCAUAUCACCGUUCUUACUGUCGCGCCUGCAUGGCGAAGACUUGGUUUUGCGCGAAGACUUACGGAACGACUUGAGCGGGGAUCGGAUAUUAAUAACGCGUGGUUUGUGGAUUUGUAUGUUAGGGCGGGGAAUAAGGUAGCUGUGGACAUGUAUAAGGGGAUGGGGUACUCCGUUUUCCGUCGCGUGGUUAAUUAUUACAGUGACGAUCCUAGCGGGAUGUCUGAGACGGGUGAGGAUGCGUAUGAUAUGCGGAAACCGUGCAGUCGCGAUAAGAAGUUCGAGCAUGUUCGGGAGAAUGGGGAGGAUUUCCCGGUUGGGCCGGAGGAUGUUCUCUAAUCGUUGGAUAUGAGAUG